UUUGAAUUUGUACAGGAUGGAUCACUUGCUAGCCAAUCUGAAGAACCGAUUGGAAAUCGUACCAGAUUCGGAAACGUCAAAGAACCUGGUCGAUCGGUUGGUCGCGUUAGGACCCCAAGAAGAACCGCUUCACCUGAUCGAACUUGAUAACCUGAUUAAGCAACAUUACGCCUGGUUAAGGCACCUGCCGAGAGUGAAUCCGUUCUAUGCCAUUAAAAGCAACGACGAACCCACGAUUGUUGCCACCUCCGUACUGCUGGGUAUCGGUUACGAUUGUGCCUCCAAAAGUGAGCUGAAACGAGUUUUAGCUCACGGAGUGAACAGUGAGAAGAUCAUCUUCGCGCAACCUGCGAAAACGAUUGAAGCGUUGAAGUUUGCUAGGGAAUCCAAAGUGAGAACCGUGUUUGACAGUGAGUUUGAGCUGAAAAAGAUUCAACAGUAUUAUCCGGAAGCAGAAUUACUUAUUCGAUACAAAUUUGAUUCAAAGAACUCAAGAGCUACGCUUGGAACAAAAUUUGGUUGCAAUCCGGACACUGAAGCUCCCCAUUUGUUGCAAAUAGCAAAGGAGCUGGGACUCAACGUGGUCGGUUGGUGUUUCAAUGUAGGAUCAGCUUGUUCGGAUGCAGAUAUUUUUUACCAUGCGAUCAAGAAGGGUCGCCAAUUGUGUGAUUUGGCUGCCGCCCUUGGAUUUCACUUCAAGUUUUUCGAUCUUGGUGGAGGAUUUGCCGGUGACAUCGAGAGAUAUGCUGUUCAUAUCAAUGCAGCACUAGAUGAGUUCUUUGCUAUAGAUGAAGAAUGCACUGUCAUUGCCGAACCUGGCAGGUACUACUGUGCAGCAACAACCAUCAACGUGGUCUCAAUUCAUGGUAAAAAGGUACUCUACAAUGCUGAAGUUCCCACGCAAAUCGAGCAUAUCUACUACUAUUUGAACGAUGGCCUUUCUGGAACAUUCUACGGCGUUAGAUCCGAUAACGAUCCUGUAAAUCCAAUCGCUUGGAAGAAAAUCAAUAACUCUCAACCACGAUAUAAAACCACCUUUUUUGGACCGACCUGUGACAACGGUGAUCGCUUUGGAACGGGUAUCGAACUUCCAGAGUUGGACAUUUCAGACCGAUUGGUAUUCCCAAAUCACGGAGCUUAUACCAGAGUGUACGCUACAACGUUUAAUGGAUUCUGCCUUCCGAAGACAGUGAUCUUUAUUCGUCAGAGUUCAUGGAAACUUUUGGAACAACUAUCAAUUUGUCAUAACCCAUCGGAAGCAUUGUUGGACAACGAACAUUUACAGCAGAGCCAUGCGAUUGAGGAGCUGGAAUUCUGAAAGUCUUUUAAAAAAUAAAACA